AACUCUUAAAACGUCUUGUUGAAGUUGAUAGUGACGUUGGACACAAGAGGUGUGAAAACCAUUUAGUAUUUCAUUAACAUUCGAACGAAGUAGUUGUGUUUUGUUUAUUCAAAAUAAAACAAAACUUUUAAAAAUUUUCUGUUACAUUCAUAAUACAGAAAAUUGUAAUUCAAGGAUUCAUUACUAAAAUUUACAAACGACCUUUAAAACAAAAAUAGUAACAAAAUGUGUAACGCUCUAUGGGAAUGUCUUAAGUGCCCGGCCAAAGUGGUCUGUUGUUGCUGCAAAUGUGCCUGCAGUAUGCUAUUGGGAAUAUUUGGUCUUAUUAUCCUUCUAAUCAUUAUAGGUCUUAUAAUUUACUUUACUGUUUUCUACAAGAGGAACGAUGAUGGUACAAUAGAGGUUGCAACAGCUAAAGCCCUUAUGUCUGUUGUUACACCUGCAACAUUUAAAGACUUCUUUCACAAGGCACAAUAAAUUGUGACAACAAAGAGAUGUUUUAAAGUGACUUAUAGUUUAGUUAAAUAGGAUUUAAUUGUUAAGUCAAAUCUUAGGCAAACUAUUAAAAUUCAAACCCAAUUGGCUAUAUAGACUUUCAAAAAUACACAUUUAUAGUGUAAUUUUUCAGUAUUCAUUUUCCAAAGUUUGCAAGGAUUUGUAGAUUUCAGCUUUAAGAACAAAUUAUUGUUACUUUCUUUAUUUAUAAAAAAAUAUACUUUUAUUUUAUUUAGGAACAAUUUGUUUGUUGUACAUUUUUUAACGGUCUUAAAAUCGAAGCUUUUAGCUCAAGUCCUAAGAUCUCACUCAUCUCAUUAGUCUCAUUGGGAUUUUUCAGCAAAAUUACUAAAUUUUUUAUAUGAGGGAAUUCUCUGAGAUCUUAGAAACUUGAGCCAGCUUAGUGACAAAAUCAUUUUUUUUUU